AUGGCCACCCUAUACCAAGACCAAACAAUCAGCAACUCUGUCGACCAUGCUGGAUACCAACAGCUUGCCUCCAACACUUCAUACUCCUCAACCAGAGGUGCAUUUGAGAAGAAUGCUGCUUGGAGUGAGGAGAGUGGAGUCAUCAAGUUAGAGCAACCAAGACAACGUGUUCUGGUUGACAGACAACAGACUCAGGUUCAGGUUAACGAAGGAAAGGAUGUGAUCAAUAUUAUUGAGAUGGCACCAGAGAUCAAUAUCAGAGAGAACGCACCAAAGGUUGAGGUUGUGCAGAGAGUGGUAACUGCUGAUGUCACCAUCCCACCAGCAAGAGUGGACAUCACCCACCCAACCCCAAGAAUCUUCCUGGAGCAGCAGGCACCAGUGAUCGAUGUCAACCAAAUGGCCCCACGUAUUGAGUUCAUCCAGCGUGAUCCAAUCGUCAAUGUUAACCAACCAAAGGCUCAGGUCAUCAUCAACCAGCAGAAGCCAGAGGUUAAGAUCCAGUCUGCCCAGCCACUGAUCACCGUUGCAGCUUGUGAUGCCCCCAAGAUCCAGGUUCACCAAUCCGAGCCAGUGAUCAAGCUGUUCAAGAGUGAACCAAUUAUCCGUAUCUCUGAGCUUAAGGGAACACCAGAGGUCGUCUUCCAGAAGUGGGAGAACUGCACAUUGAACUGGAAGCAGAUGCAACAGCCAAUCCUGACUGUGAACCGUCCCCAGGUUGCCUACAACCAGGCCGUGAAGAAGGUGGAGUCCACUGGCAAUGUUCAGCUUGUCAAGGGAGAGCCCACAUGGCUCCAGAGCAAGGACUUGAAGCAAGAGACCGCCACCUAUUGA